AUGUCGUUAGUUGUGGUUUCACCUCAACAACAGAGCAUUAAUACUGUAAAAUCCAGUAAUUCAAAUUUUGAAGUAACUGGGGAUAUUUUGAGAAAUGUGAGACAUUUGGAGAAAUAUUUUGGCAAUAGCAAUAAUAUUCAACCAGAUCUGAGAACCAGCAAUCAAAGCUGUAGUGUGCAAAGUGGAAGGGAACUUAAAGAAAAUUCAGACGUAGUAGAUGAUAAUUCCAUAGAUGAAAAUAAUGAACCAAGUUUAAAAGAUGAAUUACAAUGUUGGGCUACAAAUUUCAAAAUCUCUCAUACAGCCCUUAAGGAUCUUCUCCAUAUUCUGUCAUCCUAUCACCCCGAGCUUCCUCUUGAUAGCCAUACUAAAAAAUAUCUGGCAAAAUUAGGAAAUUUCAUAUGCGAUGCACCGGCAAAGGCUUUCAUAAAAGGCAUCAAAGCACCUGGUGGUUAUUCAUGUUGUGACAAGUGUACCGCACAGAAAGAGUAUAUUAAUGGAAGAGAAGUAUUGCGUGAUACAAAUGCUCGGAAAAGAAGUGACCACUCAUUCAGACUAAUACUUGAUGAUGAUCACCAUGUUAGCACAACACCAUUAGUCAAUUUAGAAAUAGAUAUGAUUCAAAAUUUUCCUAUUGAUUACAUGCACAACAUUUGUCUAGGUGUGUACACGAUUAGACUUCCGCCAUCUUCUCUCCUCCACACGAUCCGUGGAUGGGGAUGCCCAGUUGCUUUACAGGUAAGCGUCACAUUUUCUCCUUCAGCGACUGUAAUGUCGCCACUUGUCUCUGAGUCAUCAAUGUCAGGAGGAACUGCAACAAGAAAUAGAGAUGCUGAAUCACUGGAUACGAAUUGA